AUGCCGCCCCAACCAACACGCACAUCUUCUGCAAGCAGGAUGGAGCUCAACUUCAAUAUGGUGGCCAUCUGGACCUCGAAGCCUUCAAAGAUCGAGGUUCUCGAUGAGUCCUCGGACAUCGUCCAGCUCGGGAGAAAGGCAGAGCUUCCACAAGAUUAUCGCCGCUUCUGCACAUUGCUGCUCUUCGACCCACUGCUGUGUCUCAAUCUUGCUGUCGAUGAGUCCUCGGACAUCGUCCAGCUCGGGAGAAAGGCAGAGCUUCCACAAGAUUAUCGCCGCUUCUGCACAUUGCUGCUCUUCGACCCACUGCUGUGUCUCAAUCUUGCUGUCGAUGAGUCCUCGGGCAUCGUCCAGCUCGGGAGAAAGGCAGAGCUGCCACAAGAAUCUCGCCGCUUCUGCGCAUUGGUGCUCUUCGACUGGCUCCAGGCAAGAGCACAAGACGUGACUUGA